GCUCUACUUACUUAACCUCGCAAAAAUUGAGGACGUCCACAUUCCCGGACAGGGCCGUCUCUCCCUCCUCUCGCUUUCUGGAAUAGCUUCUGAAUGAGCGUUGUCGCGUCUGGAUGGUAGACUCUCGGAGCUUGCGCGCGAAUCCGCGACCCUCGUCAAAGGGCGCGACCCUCGACUCUAACCUGCGACUCAGAGGGUUGAUUAUAACAGUGCGUAGGAGGGCGAGUAGUGUGCCUGUGGAGUUGGCUAGAGAUUCGGAGAGGUUGCGUGUCACUGCGGGUUCGCUCAAACGAAAACGUACCAGUGCGCGAGAGUCUAUGCAGGACGAGGGCAUAUUCUUGCCUUACACUUCAACACAGCCCAUCGCGGGUCCCAGUAGGAGGCUGACGUUGAACAUGCCAGCCAUCGACGAACAGCGCAGCGCGGGCGAAUACGCACCCGCAGACGGCGGUGUACAAGAGAUCGGCCUUCUGACGCCCGCACCUUCUCAGAGCAAGUUCACGUCGAAACCUCAGUCGACGCGUCGUCGUACCUCCACAGCUACCUCGAAAAAGGACAAGGGUAAGCAGAAGGCGACCCCGGACGAUGCGCCUUCUGAGGACGAUACGGAGAGCGUGCGCUCCGCUCCCGAAACGAGCAGGCCAGCAAAGCGACGGAGGACAAGCCGCUCUGGGGGUCUCGAUGGACAGCUGCCCAAUGACCCUCUGUCGGACCGUACGCCCCAUCCCCAGUCAUCGGACGACAUGGAGGAAGACACAUACUCCGAAGCAGAGCUCGAGGCGAGCUUCCAGUUACUCGACAUCUCGGACGUAGCCGCACUCUCAACCAUACCCAUCGACCCCACAAUAUCUCUCCCCAUCUCCGAGAAGGAAGGGAGCUUGUACGUCCCGCCCGCCGUCGCGCGCAUCAUCGACACCCUGAAACACGCGCUGGUCCUCGAGCGCACCGCGCGGCAGCGCGCCGAGGAGCGCUACGGCGACGAGCUCCGGCGGCGCGUGCACGCGGAGCUCGUCACGGACAUGCUCACGCAGAAGAACGCCGUGCUCGAGGUCGAGACGCGCGUGUGGGCGAACGCCGCCGCGGACACGUUCGCGGAGCAGUUCGCCACGCUGCAGGGAAGCCCUAGCGGCGCGUCGGUGGAGGCGGGCGCUGCGCCGUCGACGUCGACGCAGCUGAUGUCGAUGCCGCAGCCGUCGGUGGUGUCGACGAACACGCUGGGGCUGAGCGUUCCGCAGGGAGAUGGGCGCACGCAGGAUGUGCUCCAGCGCGCUGCAGGUCAGUGUGCGUGUUGGUCUGCUUUCGUUCAUGUCCCGAAAUCUUUUGCCUUCUCCUUAGCUGUGCAGCAAUUCUUCGAGCAGCUGAUACCCAUGCCAGUUCCGAAUCAGCAAAGAAUGUCUUGAACCUUGCACAACACGGAAGAAUGAACGUAUACACUGUCUCGCCUUGACGGCGACGAAAAGUAUUUUAUACCACCAAUGCUCGCGCUCGCACGCAACACAUCUCAACCAACUCGGCAUCUCUUAGCAAAUACGGACGACUUUGCGCAGGAAAUGAUACACGGCUUCGUUCGCCAGUUGUUUUCAUAGUAUAGCCACAAUUUGUUCAGCGUAGUACAGGCUGUAUGCGUAUAGUAGGACCAGGAGGAUGGAAUCGGCACAAAUUUGGAUAGUAAUGUCUACCAGAGAAAACC